AGAGGACCAGAUGCCGUAUUAGCAAGUUCAGUUGAGUCAUCGGUGCAAGUAAAGUCAGCAAUCUCUAUAUAAAUAAAUAACCUUUCUUUCUUCCAUCGACCACAUCAAAAUCAACACACAAAACAAAGCAGUGUGAAUCAUUUUGCGUCUACGAUGGAUCAAUUCAAAGGACAACCUCGUCUCCCCAAAUUCGCGGUUCCAAACCGUUACGACAUUAGGCUCAAACCAGACCUCAUCGCAUGCCGUUUCUCUGGUUCCGUCUCCGUCAAUCUCGACAUCGUAACCGCUACCAAUUUCAUCGUUCUCAAUGCCGCUGAACUCUCCGUCACUAACGACUCCGUUUCUUUCACCAACCGUGAUUCCUCCAAGGUUUUUAAACCUUCCAAAGUUGAAUUGUUUGAAGACGAUGAAAUUCUUGUGUUGGAGUUUUCAGAACAAAUACCUACUGGAUUGGGUGUAUUGUCUAUUCAGUUUGAAGGAACAUUGAAUGAUAGAAUGAAAGGUUUUUACAGAAGUACCUAUGAGCAUAAUGGUGAGAAGAAGAAUAUGGCCGUUACCCAGUUUGAACCAGCUGAUGCCAGACGUUGCUUUCCUUGUUGGGAUGAACCUGCUUGCAAGGCUACUUUCAAGAUCACAUUGGAUGUGCCUUCGGAUCUUGUUGCUCUCUCCAACAUGCCAAUUGCUGAAGAAAAAAUAGAUAAUAAUCUAAAAACAGUUGCGUAUCAAGAAUCGCCAAUCAUGUCUACAUAUUUGGUUGCUGUCGUUGUUGGUUUGUUUGAUUAUGUGGAAGAUCAUACUCCUGAUGGGAUCAAAGUUCGAGUGUAUUGUCAAGUUGGUAAGGCAAACCAGGGGAAAUUUGCACUUGAUGUUGCUGUCAAAACUUUGGGGAUAUACAAGGAUUACUUCGACACUCCCUACACCUUGCCAAAAUUGGAUAUGAUCGCAAUACCUGAUUUUGCUGCUGGAGCCAUGGAGAACUAUGGUUUGGUUACAUACCGGGAGACUGCUUUACUCUACGAUGAUCAGCAUUCUGCCGCUGCUAACAAACAGAGGGUUGCAGUUGUUGUAGCUCAUGAACUAGCACAUCAGUGGUUUGGCAAUCUUGUUACAAUGGAGUGGUGGACACAUUUAUGGCUGAAUGAGGGUUUUGCAACAUGGGUAAGUUGUGUGGCUCACAUAUCAUAUUGUUACAAUGAGUCUUGUUUUUUGUUUUUGACAAUAAGAAAUUCAUAUCAUUUCAUGAUUAUGAUAAGCGUCUUGUUAUUUUUAAUGCUUUUUAAUUUUUUAUAUAACCAUUUGAUAAUUUUCUUCUGUUCUUUCAUAUUCUUUCGGUGUGGUCAGGUGAGUUAUUUAGCAGCUGAUGGCUUGUUUCCAGAUUGGAAAAUAUGGUCUCAAUUUCUUCAUGAAUGUACCGACGGUCUUAAGUUGGAUGGCCUUGCAGAAUCCCACCCAAUUGAGGUGGAGAUCAAUCAUGCUCGCGAGAUUGAUGAAAUAUUUGAUGCAAUAAGUUAUAGGAAAGGUGCAUCUGUUAUUAGGAUGCUGCAAAGCUAUCUUGGUGCUCAAAUCUUUCAGAGGUCACUAGCUUCGUAUAUAAAAAGGCACGCUUGUUCAAAUGCUAAGACUGAGGAUCUAUGGGCAGCACUUGAGGAAGGAUCUGGUGAACCUGUGAAUAAGUUAAUGACCUCAUGGACAAAGCAGCAAGGAUAUCCUGUUGUAUCUGUUAAACUCAAUAAUCAGAAUUUAGAGUUUGAUCAGUCACAAUUCUUGUCAAGUGGUGCUCAAGGAGAAGGCCAUUGGAUUAUCCCAAUAACACUAUGCUUUGGCUCAUACGAUGUCCGCAAGAAUUUCCUCUUGCAAACGAAAUCUGAAACACGUGAUAUUAAAGAGUUACUGGGUUCCCAGGUUGAUGGAGACAAGAGUGCAAAUUCUUGGAUUAAGCUUAAUGUGGAUCAGGCUGGUUUCUACAGGGUGAAGUAUGAUGAGUUGCUUACAGCUAAACUUAGAUAUGCCGUAGAAAAACGAUUAUUAUCUCCAUCAGACAGAUUUGGAAUUUUGGAUGAUUCAUAUGCACUUUCCAUGGCUGGCAAAGAAUCAUUGACCUCCUUGAUUAACUUGAUGGGAGCUUAUAGGGAGGAAGAUGAUUAUACUGUGCUGUCUAACCUGAUUACUAUAAGUCAUAAAGUUCAACGUAUUGCAGCUGAUGCAGUUCCGGACUUGCUAGAAUAUUUCAAACUGUUCUUUUUUAAAGUUUUCCAGUACUCUGCGGAGAGGCUUGGUUGGGAUCCUAAACCAGGAGAAAGUCAUGAUGAUGCGUUGUUGAGAGGAGAAAUUUUGACUUCCCUUGCUCAAUUUGGACAUGAUCUGACACUGGAUGAAGCAAGCAAGCGAUUUCAGGCAUUCUUAGAAGACAGAAAUACUCCACUUCUUCCACCUGAUUUAAGAAGGGCAGUUUAUGUGGCUGUAAUGAAACGGGCAAGCAAAUCUAACAGAUCGGGUUAUGAAUCUCUUCUGAAAGUAUACAGAGAAACUGACCUAAGUCAGGAGAAAACACGUAUUCUUGGCUCGCUGGCUUCUUCAUCUGAUCCAGAGCUAAUUCUUGAAGUUCUUAACUUUAUGUUGUCUUCGGAGGUUCGAAGUCAGGAUGCUGUUUUUGGACUUUCUGUCAAUUGGGAAGGAAGAGACGUGGCUUGGGCAUGGCUUAAGGAACACUGGGAACACAUCGCAAAAACUUAUGGUUCUGGAUUUUUAGUAACUCGCUUUGUCAGUGCAGUUGUCUCACCGUUUGCUUCUCUCGAGAAGGCCAAGGAAGUAGAGGAAUUCUUUGCUAGCCAUCCUAUGCCCUCCAUUGCUAGAACUUUAAAACAGAGCCUUGAGCGGGUUCAUAUAAAUGCAAACUGGGUUCAGAAUGUUCAGAAUGAAAAGAGUCUGGCUGAUACUGUAAAGGAGUUGGCAUACAGGAAUUACUAGGCCCUGCUUUCCCUUGUUUGACAUGUAGUUUCAUAUAAUAAUGGUUGUGACCUUGUGACUUUCUCCGUUCUGUCAUGUUACUGUGCCUUUCGAGGGCAUACUGUGUUGUCUAAUGUCCGAGAACCUGCUGAUCUAUACAUUAUGGUUAAAUA